CGCGGUGCGUCCCGGGCGGCAGCGGGGCCACAGCCGGGACAGCGCACAUCACGUCGGGGCCGCGGCCCCCCCUCCGCCCCGGAAGAACAAGCGGGCUCUGGGAAGAUGGCAGCGGCGGUGGGAGCUGCGGCGGCGGCGCCGCCGGUGUGUGUUCUGGUGCUGGGCAUGGCCGGCUCCGGGAAAACCACCUUCGUGCAGCGCCUGGCCGCCCACCUGCACGGGCAGCGCUGUCCUCCGUACGUGAUCAACCUGGACCCUGCCGUGCACAACCUGCCUUUCCCCGCCAACAUCGAUAUCAGGGACACUGUGAAGUACAAAGAAGUAAUGAAACAAUAUGGGCUGGGCCCAAACGGUGGAAUAGUGACCUCUCUCAAUCUCUUUGCUACAAGAUUUGACCAGGUGAUGAAGUUUAUUGAAAAAAGAAAAAAUGCAUCCAAGUAUGUCAUUAUUGACACACCAGGGCAAAUUGAGGUAUUUACCUGGUCAGCAUCAGGAACCAUCAUAACCGAGGCCUUGGCUUCCUCUUUCCCUUCGGUUGUUGUCUAUGUGAUGGAUACCUCUCGCAGUACUAACCCUAUCACUUUUAUGUCCAACAUGCUAUAUGCCUGUAGUAUCCUGUACAAGACAAAAUUACCUUUCAUUGUAGUMAUGAACAAAACUGACAUAAUAGACCACAGAUUCGCAGUGGAAUGGAUGCAGGACUUUGAGACUUUUCAGGAUGCCCUGAAUCAAGAGACCUCCUAUGUCAGUAACCUGACUCGUUCCAUGAGUUUAGUGUUGGAUGAAUUUUACAGUUCACUGAAGGUGGUUGGUGUUUCUGCAGUGCUCGGCACAGGACUGGAUGAGUUUUUUAUCCAGCUUUCUAACGCUGUAGAUGAAUAUGAGAGAGAGUACCGUCCAGAGUAUGAGCGCCUGAGAAAAACAUUGGAGGAAGCUCAAGAGAAACAAAAGAGAGAGCAGCUAGACCACUUGUGGAAGGACAUGGGCAGCGUGUGUGUGCAGGGCAGCACACUGGCAGGACCUGAUGAUGCUUCCGCAAUGGGUCCCUCUGAGCUAAUCCUAACACGAGGAACUCUUGAUGAAGAUGAAGAAGAGAGGGAGAGUGACACUGAUGACAUUGACCAUGAAGUGACUGAGGAGAGUCGUGAAGAACCAGCCUUCAGAAACUUCAUGCAAGACAUGCGGCUGAAAUGCCAUAGAAAAAGCAACCUGAAUGAAUGAAACCUUCAAAAACAGAAGGUUUCAAAGGAACAGCAUAAAGAAAGCUUCAUGGAACUGUGCACGAAGACUUUUAUUUGUGAACAGCAUCCUCCGACUGGGGAGCUGAAAUAAAGUCCCUUGGAAAUUACGUACUUUAAAAUUUAUGGUUACUUACUACAUGAUUUUCUCCAGGAAUAGUUAUGGUGUGGUAGGAUCCUCUAUACAGAAUCUUAUAUGGGCUUUGGAACUUGGCUGAAUUCUGAUUCUAAGUAAUGCUAGAGAGAGAGCCUGUGGCCACUUAAGUUUCUCGACAGCUUUUGUUCAUUUGUCUUUUUAGGCUUUGAUUCAUUUUUUAACUUUUCCACUGGAUUGCGGUUUCCAAGGAGCAUGCCAAUCUCAUCUGAUUCUUAAUAUUUUGGACAAGCUUUGCACAAUGUCUGCUAUAAAAUGGGGUCUCCUAUCCGAGGAUGUUCUCAAUGGAAUUCUGAAUUGAGGACUGCAGUGAAGCUCCAAAGGGCGGGUGCAACCAGUGUGAAGAGUUUGUUUCACUCCUGAUGGAGAAGCUUGUCURAUCUGGAUUGUUUUCCUUCAGCAAUAUGGGAGUUCUGCUAGGAACUCUGGAGAAAUAAGAAAUAAAACCACUUUUCAAA